CUCGUCCCCCCCUUCUCUCUCUUCCGGUUCCUUCUAACCCCUCCCAAUCUUUACGGUUGAAGCCCUAACUCGCGAUCGGGGCGGUGCCUUUUCGGUUUCCACUUGGUUUCUACGCCGGUGACCGAUCGAUUCGUCUGCCGAUUCCGUCGCUGGAUUUGGGGAAAAGGGUCGGUGCUUCCGGCCGGCUGCGGCGGCGAGGAUGAGCGCCCAGAAGAAGCGCAACUUCAAGAUCGAGGCGUUCAAGCACCGGGUCGAGCUCGACCCCAACUACGCCGAGAGGACAUGGAGGGUGUUGGAGCAUGCGAUCCACGAGAUUUACAACCACAACGCCAGCGGCCUCUCCUUCGAGGAGCUCUAUAGAAAUGCUUACAAUAUGGUGCUGCACAAAUAUGGGGAAAAGCUCUACUCUGGACUUGUGAAUACUAUGACAGGACAUCUAAAAGAAAUUGCAAGAUCAAUAGAAGCUGCUCAAGGAGGUUUCUUUUUAGAGGAGCUUAAUGUAAAAUGGGGAGACCACAACAAGGCAUUGCAGAUGAUCCGAGACAUACUGAUGUACAUGGAUAGGACAUUUGUUCCCAGUAAUCACAAGACACCCGUUCAUGAGCUUGGACUUAAUCUCUGGAGGGAUAAUAUCAUCCAUUCCAGCAAAAUCCAGACCAGGCUACUGGAUAUGCUUCUUGACCUCAUACAUAGGGAGAGAACAGGCGAGGUAAUAAAUAGAGGGUUGAUGAGGAAUAUAACAAAAAUGUUAAUGGAUCUUGGAUCUUCUGUGUAUCAAGAAGAUUUUGAGAAACCAUUUCUAGGGGUCUCAGCUAGUUUUUACAGUGUAGAAUCUCAACAACUCAUCGAGUGCUGUGAUUGUGGUGAGUACCUCAGGAAAGCUGAGAGACGUCUUAAUGAAGAGAUCGAGAGGGUCUCCCACUACUUAGAUGUCAAAAGUGAAGUGAAAAUAACUAGUGUAGUGGAGGGAGAGAUGAUUGCCAACCACAUGCAGAGGCUGGUCCACAUGGAGAAUUCUGGUCUUGUGAGUAUGCUUGUAGAUGACAAGUAUGAAGACUUAAGCAGAAUGUACAACUUAUUCCGCCGAGUUCCCGAUGGGCUUUCAACUAUUAAAGAUGUGAUGACUUCUCACCUUCGAGAAACUGGAAAGCAGUUAGUUAGCGACCCUGAGAAAUUAAAGGACCCAGUGGACUUUGUACAACAUCUUUUGGAUGAGAAGGAUAAGUAUGAUAAGAUAAUACGCAAAGCAUUCAACAAUGAUAAGACAUUCCAGAAUGCUUUGAACUCUUCAUUUGAAUACUUUAUUAACCUAAACAACAGGUCUCCUGAGUUCAUAUCACUUUAUGUUGAUGAUAAGCUUCGCAAAGGGCUCAAAGGGGUAAGUGAAGAGGAUGUGGAGGUAGUUCUGGACAAAGUGAUGAUGUUGUUUCGGUACUUGCAAGAGAAGGAUGUAUUUGAGAAAUAUUACAAACAACACUUGGCAAAGCGGCUUCUUUCAGGAAAAUCUGUUUCCGAUGAUACAGAGAGAAGUAUGAUUGUUAAGCUCAAGACAGAAUGUGGGUAUCAGUUCACUUCUAAAUUGGAAGGCAUGUUUACAGACAUGAAGACUUCCAUAGAUACUAUGCAAGGAUUCUAUUCUAGUCAGCAUUCUGAGAUUGGAGAUGGCCCCACCCUUGCUGUGCAAGUUCUUACAACUGGUUCAUGGCCAACACAGCCUAGUGCACCUUGCAACCUUCCAGCUGAAAUUCUUGUCAUAUGUGAGAAGUUCCGGACAUUUUAUCUUGGGACGCAUACUGGGCGUAGAUUGACAUGGCAAACAAAUAUGGGUACAGCUGAUAUUAAGGCAACCUUUGGCAAGGGUCAGAAGCAUGAGCUGAAUGUUUCGACAUAUCAAAUGUGUAUUCUUAUGCUAUAUAACUCCACAGAUCAGUUGACGUACAGAGAAAUAGAACAGGCUACAGAAAUCCCACCUUCUGAUCUGAAGCGUUGUCUUCAGUCUCUUGCUUGUGUCAAAGGUAAGAAUGUCCUGCGCAAGGAGCCAAUGAGCAAGGAUAUAGCUGAGGAUGAUGCUUUCUACUUCAAUGACAAAUUUAUGAGUAAGUUUUUCAAGGUGAAGAUAGGGACUGUGGCAGCACAAAAGGAGUCAGAGCCAGAGAAGCAGGAGACUCGCCAAAGAGUGGAAGAAGAUAGAAAACCACAGAUUGAAGCUGCAAUUGUGAGGAUUAUGAAAUCCCGAAGGGUAUUAGAUCAUAACACCAUUGUCACUGAGGUCACGUCACAAUUGCAAUCUCGCUUCCUGCCAAACCCGGUUAUUAUAAAAAAGCGAAUUGAGUCUCUCAUUGAACGGGAGUUUUUAGAAAGGGAUAAAGCAGACAGGAAAUUAUAUCGAUAUCUUGCUUGAAUGUCACAUGAAGUUUCCUGUGGAUGGAGGUCUUACUCUCUGAUUUCCAUAUAACUGGUAUGCAAGUUCCUGCUCAUGUAUCCCCAUGAAUUCUCUUCUAUUUCUGCCUUCUGUUAUAGCUCCCUUAUAUUUCAGUUUCACAAAAUCUUCUGAAUUCUAGUUUAUCCUAGAUUAAUUCUUCCCUUAAAUAAGUCAUGUUUUUGUAUGUUGGUUCCUUCUAUUGCUUCUCCAUUAUAUUUGCACAGGUAUAUUUGUAUGAUACAGUUAGGGCACGAUGCUUGUCUUAAUGGGGAUCAUCCGUGAAAAAAACCUGCUGGCAAUUUCAAGAGGGAAAGAUGUUCAGAUUGAAGUUGUACCUGGAAAUAUUGAGUCUUGAUUAUGCUGGUGUAUCCAAAAAUGUCCUUUGAUAGCUGGAAGGCCAUUCUACAGGUUGAAGUCUUGUACUGGAAAGACUCAGAUGCCCAUGAAGUAAUAAGUUAGGGAGAAAAAGAAACCCAGAAUUAUGGGGUUCACUGUUCAAUCCACAAAUCUGGCAAUGGAGCAAUUCGUAGCAGUUAAUUCAAGCUCGUUCAAUAUGCUUGGCAAAGCCUUUAGUCGAACCUGCCCCUUUUGAUGUCAUUCUACAUGGAAGGCCAUUCUACAGGUUUGAUCCUAAAAUUGCUGAAACCUCCUCUGAUCAAGCUUAGUCCAUCCAAAGUGAGUACCCUUGUUUAGUUAUUUUAAAUGCAUGAUUGAGCUGGAAAAUCCCUUUGAUUCUUGAUCGGAUUUUCCAUCUAAAAUUUUUGAUUUGCUAAUUCUCCAAUGUGAUUGCAAACUUGAAAUGUUAAAAGAAUUUUUUUGCAUC